AUGUCUUCCUCACUCAGCAGAGCUUUAGUGGUUCUCUCAUUAUUACUACUUCUUUCCCAAAAUACCCUUUCCAUUGUAGAAGCUAAAGUUCCAAAAAAUGCUACUUUUCAAAUUAUUAACGAAGGAGAAUUUGGUCCAUACGUGGUUGAAUACAACGGAAACUAUCGUGCUAAAGGCUUCUUCAACUCACCAUUCGAACUUUGCUUCUAUAACACCACCCCUAAUGCUUUCACCCUUGCCCUCCGCAUGGCCACCCUCCGAUCCGAGUCGCUCUUCCGAUGGGUUUGGGAGGCCAAUCGAGGCAAUCCAAUUGGCGAAAAUGGCACACUCACACUCGGAGUCGACGGAAACCUCAUCCUAGCCGACGCCAACGGCAGAGUGGCUUGGCAAACCAACACGGCCAACAGAGGCGUCGUUGGCUUUGAAGUGCUUCCUACCGGGAACAUGGUUUUGCAUGGGUCAAAUGGUAAUUUCGUGUGGCAAAGUUUUGAUUACCCAACGGAUACUCUUCUAGUGGGCCAGGCCUUACGGGCCGGGGCCCAAAAUAAGCUGGUUAGUCGCCUCUCCGAAGCGGAGAACAAAGAUGGGUCUUAUAGCAUGGUGUUAGAGCCCAAACAAAUAGCACUCUAUUACACUACCAAGAACUCUCCAAGCCCUUUGCUUUAUUUCUCAUCAACUGGGAGAUUCGGCUCAUUUCAAACCCCUCCAACGAACGCGACGUUGGAAGCGUCGUCGGACCGCUACGACGGUUUCGCUUACGAUAUGACGCUUGUUGUCUCAAACGGUGGUGGAAAUUACAUUCUUUCGAGACCUAAUUACAACAGUACACUGUCGUUUUUAAGACUUGGAAUAGAUGGAAACGUUCGGCUCUACACUUACUACGACCACGUGGAUUGGCGAGCGUGGGAAGUGACUCUUACCAUUUUCGAUAGAAGAUGGACUUGGGAGAGCGAGUGCCAAUUGCCUGAGCGAUGUGGGACUUUUGGCGUUUGUGAGGACAACCAGUGCGUGGCUUGCCCUUCGGAGAAUGGACUAUUGGGGUGGACCAAGAAUUGUCAACCCAAAAAGGUAAGCUCUUGUAAAUCAAGUGAUUUCCACUACUACAAAAUAGAGGGAGUUGAUCAUUUCUUGAGCAAGUACACCAAGGGUAGUGUUGUCAAAGAAAGUGAUUGUGGCAACAAGUGCACUUCGGAUUGUAAGUGUUUGGGGUACUUUUAUCACAAACAAGCUUCAAGGUGUUGGAUUGCCUAUGAUUUGAUGACUUUAACCAAAGUUGACAACUCUACUCACGUGGGCUACAUCAAAACACCUAAUUAA